UUAUAUUCAGAUAUCAUUCGUAAGCCGGUCUUCGUGGCGUGUAGUUCGACAGUUCUCUUCACUUUUUUUAAAACAGUUCAAAAAACCAAAUCCAAAGCAAAAUGUCUGCUGUAUUCAAGUGCAUCCUUGGUCUCUUCGUUGUGCUGUGCUUCGUGCAGUUCAUUGAGAUGGCCCGCGUUCCUCGCGAUGACGCCGCCGUUCAGGACCCCGGUGCUGAUCUGAUCAACAACUUGCAGAACCUGGUUGGUGAUGUUGUGAACAAGCUCAAGACCGCUGUGGAGAGCGAACAAGUGAAGGUGAGCAAAAUAUGUGGUUUUCUGUUUUUUUUAUUAGCUAGAAAUUUUCUUAAGGUACCAAAUUUUAUUUCUUUAUUUGUAAAAAAAGUUCUAGUUCGCAGUAAAAAAUAA